AUGUUGAUAUUGAGUAAUCGAGGGAGAAAGGAGGAAGGCAGUGCGAUCGAUGGAUCCAGAACUACUGGUUUAGUCGUAAUGAGACAGUUGUUCUUGGCAUUGCAGAGUUUCAUCAGUCAUGGGAGUUCACUGUGUCACUGUGUUUUUGUGUAUUUACACAAUGGUAAUUCGGAAGAAUUGAGAAUUCAUUAUCUCUAUGCAAAUAAUCGUGCACCACUGGUAUCAGCAUUCUCAAGUACAUCCCCAAUAGUAGUGUUCGAUCCGACAAUAGAGAGCCACCAGACAUACGCAAAAUACCUCUUCUCCCGCGAUCAGCAUUCAUUGGAUUCUAAAAAUCUGCUAGUCACCAACACGAUCCAUCCACCACCGCAAAUACCAAGAAAGGUCGAAGCCUUAAAGCCAGACACCUCUGACUAUUUGGAGGAGCACAAGCCCCUGAUAAUUCCUGCUCUCGAAAAAGAACAAGAUAACUUUCAGGAAGACAAGCGCCUCCCCAGGAAACUUGGUCCGGACAAGCUCACUACUCCACCACCAGCGCUGAACUCUAAUAACUUCGUGAGCAAAAGACAUCUGAAAGAGAACGCCUACGUUCACCACCCCAGACCACACCUCAGAGAUUCUGAAAAUUACCGGGAACUAAAUCCAGAGAUCAAUCCACUUGUUUUAUCCCCCGAAAAUCAACGGUAUUACGACAAUUACCUACGAUUGAAUCCACCGGAAAAUCGAGUUGCAAAAAAUUACGAUAAUGUUCAGGUACCUGAGCCGAUUUCUGCAUACGGAUAUGAGAUAAGCCCAGUGGCUAAUCCAGAGUUACAACGGGUGAAUCCACUUAGAAGAAACCAUAUUAAUUCUGGUAAUACAAAUAUCCCCGAUAGAAAUUCUGGGGAAGAGACACGACUCGCUAAUUACGAAGUAAGGAGCAAGAAGAAGAAAUCGAAAAAGAGUAGUCGUCUUAACAAACCGGAAGUGAGGUCGGAGUAUGAGCCCAAUGACCAGCGAGGACAAGUGGUUCCAGUUCAGCCUAUUUAUUACGAUAAAGCUUCCACUGAUUUCUACGACAACGUACAAUUUGCGGAGAGAAAUCCUCAUGAGAGACACCAGGGCGAAGAUGUUGCUUUGGAGCCGACAGAAAAAGAGGAGCCGCGUCCUGCGGUGAGACGCCAGGACAACGGAGGGGGUGGGAAUCAACACGUUGAGGUGGCUGCGGGAUCCCAGAGAGAGGAGAAACACCAGCCUAAGGUGCACAGCGAGAAGCAUGAAGAGGGUGGGGGUGAAGAGGGCCAUGAGGACCACCACGAAGCUGAUGGGGAGGAGGCGAAGAAGGGUUACGACAGCCAUCACGAGCAUGAAAAAGGUGAGAAGGGUCAUCACGAUAAAGAGGACCAUGAUAAACAUUACGACGAAGAGGAAGGAAAGGAGCAUAAACAUGCGGAUGACAGUUCCUAUUAUAAGCAUUAUGACAGUGGUGAGAAAAAGGAGAAGGAGUCAGCAUUCGACGAAGAGGGAAAAUUCAAUAAGGGACACAGCACCAAGGGCAAUCAUGUAGUACAUAAAAAGGACGAAUACGAGAAACUCGAGGAAUUCUACGACGAGUCUCACGACGAGGACGAGCACGAGAAGGAUGAGGGAUACCACCACAAAUUCGAGAAGGAGCACGGCGGAAGUGAAAAGACUGGACACUACGAUGCGGGUGAAGACGUUGAAGAGCAUGGUAAGAAGAGUAAGUAUGAGAAGGGCCACCACUAUAAGGACAAGAAGGGCCAUGACCAGCGCGCGGGUGAUGACAAGCAUCACGAGAAAGAGAGCAAAUAUGGGAAGAAGGGAGGAUACGAGGAUGGAAAGAAAUGGGAGUACAAGAAAGGACACUAACUCCAUUAGGUCCUUCCCAUUGCCACAUACAUGUUGUUAAUUGUUUCUGUAUUUUUAAAUAGAUUAUUUGUGAGGGUUUAGAAUGCUUUGGAGUGAAUAAAUAUUUUUUUA